AUGGCUGAUCCGUAUUACCCCCAGCAGCAGCCACAGUACCUGCAUACUUCCUCUGCUCCUGGCGACGGUGGCGCUACCUAUUGUGCGCCUGCGGAGAGCCCGUAUCAAACCCCUCCGUACAACUACGAGGUACAUCAGCUGUAUAAUCCCCAGGCUCCGCCCCAGGAACAAGGGUACGUGUACGGGCCGCCAGCACCGCAAUACGAUGCAAACCAAAGCCAGCCUCAGAUUCCAAGGGCAUUUCAAUCUCAGAAUACGCCGACGCAGAAUGAGUAUCCAAGUCCUGCUCCGGCCGGAGCCGGAGACAAUGGAUAUGGAAGUGGCCGGCUAUGCCCUUGCUACGAGGCCUAUGGUGAAGGGAGCAACGCCGAGUAUUACUCUCAGUCGGAUUUGAAUGAGCGCUCCCGGUCUUCUAGUCGGAGCGGUGGGUCUUAUAGAUGUCAAGAGCGGGAGGACAAGGCUGGUGACGGAGAAGGCGAGCGCGGCUUGGGAGGCGCGCUUGUGGGCGGGGCCUCUGGGUUUUAUUUGGGACAUAAGAAGGGGCAUGGUCUGUUGGGGGCCGUGGGUGGUGCUUUGUUGGGGAAUUUCCUCGAAAACAAAAUCGUAGAGCAUGAAGAUGGUCGAAAAGAGGACGACGGUCCUCAUCAUCAUCAUCAUCAUCACCACCACCACCACCACCGCCACCAUCACCAUCACCACAGUCGUCAUAGUUCGAGCCCCUGA